GUUUGACGUCGGCUGUAUUUUUAAACCGAAAGUCGAAUUAGCUACCGCGUACGUUUCUAGUUCCUAGUCAGGUAAAACGAAACAGCGGAGAAUCCGUUUUACAUAUACAUGUAUACACAUAGUCAUAAACAAUGCUGGGUUUUCCAGAUAUUUAAAAAUUUCGACAUACUUUAGGCUAAUUAGUUUAUAAUCUUUUCUUCUUUAUCCAAACUGAACCGAGAAUGGUACCUGCACAGUAGUACAAGAUGUUGAGGGCUAAAAUUGAAAGAUGCACUUGGAUUGGGAUCAGCUUGGACGAUAAAACCGAGUUUUGUAUAAAAAAGGAUUUGCGGGUCGUUUUACAUUUAAAAACUUAAGGAGUUAAGCUAAAAAAAAAAAAGCAGAGAUGUGUCCAGCCGUGAACUACAACGUAUCCAAGCUCUUUGACCGGAUUAGUUUAAGGAUUUUGACUUUCUUAGCUGUUCUGUUGAUGUACAAUAUUGGGUUUGUUAUGAAUAUAUGCCAGCCUCCCACGAAAGAUUUCCUCCAUUUUACAAAGAACAUAACUGAUCUAGACCAUGUCAGAGCUAGACAGUUUGUGUACUUGGACUGCUGUGCUUCCGGUUACGAUACCAUCACAUGGUACUUUAAGAAUAAUAACACAAAGUACUCGUUGAAGGAAUUUCCUUUCUUGUAUCAGGAAUGCGAACACAAUGACGAAUGUCCAACUUUGUUCUCAGAAAACCAGACUCUGCUGAUUCUGAAGGCUACUGUCGGCUACGAUAACGGCUCCUAUAUAUGUGUUGCCCAUAACUCCAGCACUGGACAGAAUAUUUCCCACUUGGAGGACCUAUUAGUCAGUGAUUGUGUUGAACGGCCUAAGCCUGAACCAAUUCCUCCCAGUGACGUCAUCACGAACAUUGGACAGAAUGCCACGUUCCACUGCGCUGCCGACUUUGGCUGUAAGUCCUUUUACACACGAGAUGUCAGUUGGUACAUUGGCAUCGUGGAAGUCCAGGAUGUUAGUACACGGUACAUCGUGACUAAAGAAAAUAGAGAUUACAAUCCUGUAGUGCAAGCCAAUCUGACAGUUUUGAAUGUUCAGCAGUCGGAUUUUGAUGUCACGUUCUCCUGUUGGGUUUCCUCUGAUUCUGACAUAGAUACACCAAAGUUUUCUGUAAAACUCAGACAAGAAGUGAUUAAUGUGAUGAACAUCAAAGUGAUCCUGAUCAUUUUACCAUGUGUGGUUUUUAUCCUGUUUAUUGCGGGUACUACAAAAGCGGUGCAUUCUGUAUAUGGUCCACACGUAAACUUCUAUUGUAAAUCUCGCGGCCUCUUAGGAGGUUUGCCUAAAAUGAGUAAUAAUCAUCGGUACCAUGCCCUUGUGGUCCAUGAUGAUAGUAGGAAUGAGGACAACGACAUUGCAGACCACAUCACAAGUACACUGGAGAGAGAGGGAUACAAGAUUUGUAACCGGAUAGAGGGUUUUGGUAGAGGAGUGUUCUCCCAUUUUGGCGGGUACCUUGAACAGUCAGCCUCCGUAAUCAUCCUCGACAUGGAGAGCGACUCUGACGACUCCAACACAUUCAGAGUGUUCAUUGAAUCUAGUCUCAGAAACAUGGCCGACUCACUGGUAGGGUUCACCGUCAUCCAGAGAAAGGGGAUUGAGAAUUCAAUGAUGGACUCGGUGGAAUACAAAGGUCUUAAACGACUUCAAUGGCCGGGGUCCGAGAGCUCAGAUCGACGACGACAGAAGUUUUAUAAACAGCUUCAGCUGCGGCUACCAAAACCUGUGAAACUUGAUGAAAGGACUCCUUUGCUACAAAACGUGUAGAGUGCUGGGAUUUAGUUACUUGACUGCUCAUUUUUAGCAAUUUUAUUUAUAUUUUAGCUAAAGUAUGGUUGUCAAAGCGUCUCCCAUUGCCUCGGGUGAUACUUGCCUAAAUUUAUAUCAAGUGUGAAUGAACUACAUGUAUUUUGAAAUCAUAUCAUGGAAUUGUCUCAAAGGCGCUUUACAACAACUGUGAAUAGUCAGAAAUAUGAUUCCAUUACCGAAGUUAUCUAGUCCUUCUUGCUGCAACAUUUCACCAUUGCUCACCUGAUGUCAUAAAAGAAAACAAGAAAUAAAUCAAUUAAUCUAUUCAAUAAUGUAUAAAAAAAGGUACAUCGUAUCUUCAAGUUUUCUAUUUCAGAUAUACAUUGAUUUUAAGAUUAUGCGUAUGAUAUUUAUUUAAUUUAUUUAAUGAAUGAUAAAUUUUGAUUAGAUUUAUUCAAGAAAUGAGAUUAAAAAAUGUAACAAUAUAUACGGGGCGUAUAGAACUGAGCAACAAUUUAUGUGUAAAAUACUUUUAUAGGCACAUAAAAACGAGUGUUAUAUUAAAUAUGGAUUAAUUUUUACUUGUCGUUCAACAAUAAAAAAUACAAGCUAGAUAUGAAAUUAAAUUCCUUGAAACAUUUUGUUGACCACCAAACUCCUUAAAGCUACAGAAUCACA